CAACAGCGAGCUUUUCGGAGGUUCGUUGCGAGUCGUCCACCAUGGCGCAGCUUCUGGACGCGAUGAAGGCACUGUGGGCAUCUGCACGGACUCGGCUCAAUUGGAAGAUAUAUGCAAUACUGUGCAUCUUGGCAUCGUCGGGCUUGCUGCGCCGCGCAGUUGCAUGGAAACCACAGCCGACCCUUCUCUUCAGCACGUUCCUUCGUCACGCGGCCGAGAGCAAAGUGCGCAAGGUGUCACUCGCGUCCGACUUCUUCCUGGUGUCCCUGAAGCAAGGCAUGCAAAACGGCGUCGUCACGUACAAGAUCUUGGUGCCUCCCCAGACAGAUCAAUCGUACCUUGUGGACAUCCUUCGAAAGCAUGGCGUGGAGUUCGGGACGCUGCGACCAUCGUGGGCCAAACGCGCGCUGCCGAUGCUGCUCACAGCAAUUCCCUUGAUAUACUUGGCCUUGACGUACCGCAUGCUGCAGGGCAUGGUCGGUGGUGGCAAAGACGGCGUCGCCAAAGACGGGAUCGCACGUGGAAAGCUCAAGUCGUCGUCGACACAGCAGCGCAUCACGUUUGCCGACGUCGCCGGGAUCGACAACGCCAAACUCGAGCUCGAGGAAAUCGUGGAUUUCCUCAAACACCCGACGCGAUACGAAGCGAUGGGGGCGAAAAUGCCCAAGGGCGUGCUUUUGUGUGGGCCGUCCGGCACGGGCAAGACCCUCCUUGCACGUGCCGUCGCGGCGGAAGCGGGGGUCGCAUUUCUCUUUUGCUCCGCGUCCGACUUUGUCGAGAUGCUGGUCGGUCGCGGCGCGUCACGCGUGCGCGACUUGUUCACGCAAGCGUCGCAGCAUGCCAAGUGCAUCAUCUUCAUCGACGAGAUCGACGCGUUGGCCAAGGCCCGCGGCGGACUCAACUCGAACGACGAGCGGGAGCAAACGCUGAACCAGCUCCUGACGGAAAUGGAUGGCUUUGAAGGCCACACCGAAGGUGUGGUUGUCAUUGCAGCAACAAACCGCCUGCAUGUGCUCGACCCCGCGCUGCUGCGCCCCGGCCGAUUUGACCGGCAUGUGUUUGUCGGACUCCCCGACGCAUCUGGACGCGAAGCGAUCCUGCGCGUGCACACCAAACGCAUCCGCCUCGACCCUGGCGUUUCGAUCGCGACGUUGGCCCGCCACCCGCAGAUCGACGGCGCGUCCGGCGCCGCCCUCGCAUGUCUCGUCAACGAAGCAGCGCUCAUGGCCGUACGAACACACGACACGAUGGUGAAAGCGACGCACUUUGAAAUGGCCAUGGCGCGGGCGGCUGGCGCCACAGCGCAAGACACUGCGGCAACCACCCACUUGUUUGGCCAUAUCUUGUAAUGACGUGUCAACUCACCGACUCGACGCUUUGUCACGCUCGGCGUGUGGUGCUCGCGAGAAUGCGAGGUGCAGGCGC